CAAAACUUUCCUACUUCACCGGCUGUGCUUUUAGCGAAAAUUUGUAAUGAAAAUUGCAGUGGAAGGUUGUGCUCAUGGUGAGCUGGAAAAGAUUUACGACCUUAUAGCGUCGAUACAGGAACAGCAAAACACCACGAUAGAUUUGCUAAUAUGUUGUGGCGAUUUCCAGUCGACACGAAACUUGCAAGACUUGCAGUGUAUGGCCGUCCCUCAGAAGCACUUGGACAUGUGUAGUUUCUACAAGUACUAUAGUGGCGAAAAGAAAGCACCCAUACUAACUUUGUUCAUCGGUGGAAACCACGAAGCAUCGAACUACCUCCAGGAACUACCCUACGGUGGAUGGGUAGCGCCAAAUAUUUACUACCUUGGCUACGCCGGUGUGGUAGAUUGCAACGGUAUUAGAAUCGGAGGCAUAUCGGGCAUUUUUAAGGGUCACGAUUUUCUGAAGGGUCGUUUCGAAUUUCCACCCUACGACGAAGCCACAAAGCGAAGCGUGUACCAUCAGCGUCAGAUUGAUGUGUUCAGGCUGAAGCAACUUUCGACACCGGGUGUGGACAUAAUGCUGUCACACGAUUGGCCUCGGGGAAUCACCCAGUUUGGCAAUGUCACGCAGCUAUUACGCUUCAAGCCCGCAUUCCGGGAGGACAUCGAAUGCAACAAACUCGGAAGUGCACCAUGUGAGGAUCUACUGCAGAAACUCCGCCCACCGUACUGGUUUGCAGCGCACUUGCAUUGCAAAUUUGCGGCCCUCGUCCCUCACCGCGACGAAGAACCGACCAAGUUUCUCGCACUGGAUAAGUGUUUACCGAAGCGGAGAUUCCUGCAGGUGCUGGACAUUCCUACAUCGCCCGAUGCAACGAACGGCCCGGUGCGCCUUAAGUACGACCUCGAAUGGUUGACGAUUCUGAACCUUACAAAUCAUUUGAUAAGCAUUCGCAGCUCCAAUGGCUACAUGCCCGGUGAGGGUUCGGACGAACGGUUCAACUUUACGCCGACCGAGGAGGAAAAGGCCAAGGUUUUGGAUCGAUUCGGUGGUGACUUGCACAUACCGACCAACUUCGUGAGGAUAGCCGAACCUUUCCAACCGGUACAAGACGACAAUACGGUGGACAUGAGAUCCAUCGAGCAACCCCAAGCUUAUCUUAAUCCGCAAACGACUACGUUUUGCGACAAACUCAACAUUGACGAUCCGCUUCGGUUGGCCAUGCUCAUGACGAGACACCAGCUGAACAACUCGACAUACGUUGACCCUUUGCCUGUGGCAUCUGAAGAAAGCGAACCCGAAACAUCAUCAAUAGUAAAGCAAAAAGUUCAAAAUACUGAUGAAUUAACCCUUGAUGAGGAAGAUGAUAUUGAGGCAAUGGAAUGUGCCCCCCAGAAAGAUAGCCAAGACCAGCGCCCAACGACGGAUAUUCGACAAUCACUGUCUUCCUCUUUGCCACAACCGAAAUGGAGGCAUCACGAUUCGCAUGAUUCCGAUCAGUCAACGACCAUGAAUGAUUCAACGAGCAUUUCCACCCCGAACUGCAGUAUGCUCAGCCUUUCCAUGCCACAGGAAGCGGACGAAAAAGGCCUCCUGAGUCUAUCAGAGUCGGGCCUGGCUGUAGAUGAUUUGAAUCUAUCCAGUCCUCAUAAUUCCGGGUUGACGACAAGGGCCGAUGUGGCAGCAUCGGAAGAGCAAAACAAGACGGAAUCGGAUAACCCUCCGGUGAAGAAAUUCAAGCGUCGCAAUCAAACGAUCUACGGUAAAGAGGAUAGUGAAUAGGAGUAUCUAAUUGACGCUAGCUGAUCGCAAAAUGUGGAAGAAAAUUUUCUGAAUAAACAUGUGCAAAUUAGGUAUACUAUUUCCGUAUUUGGUGUAAGGAAAUUCAUUUCACAAACAAUGUUUUCUAGAAAUAUACCCGUUGGAUGAUGAA